AUGGCCGGGACCGUGUACUUGAGAACGGACCGUUUCGAGGUCAAGCUUGAAGGGAUCACCUUCAAGACCAAGGAUUUCGAAUCCCUUUGCAAGGUGGGCUUUCUCUUCCCGGAAGGCGACGAUUGGGCCGGCCGACCCAUCGUGGGACUCGACGUCAUGCCCCACCCCCGUGACCCGUCCAUCAUCCUCCUCCUCCUCUGUUUCGGUAUGGGCUGCGUCAUCCUCCGGUUCGCCGCCGGCGAGGCCCUCCCGGCUGGAAUCCACAAAUUUCUCGCCGACAAACGAAUCCACGUCGUGUGCUUUGGCAUCCCCGAAAAGUCGGACCUCUUCCCGUUCGAGGAGCUCGGCCUCACCCGGAACGAGUCGGAUAUCGGUUACCUAGCUUCCAAGAUCCUCAAGGAUCCCAAGUACAGAAAAUCCGAGCUCGACGAGCUCGCGCGCAAGGUCCUCGGGAUCAAGCGCAUGAUCGGGCUAACCGAGGCCUCGUCCUUCGAGCGGCACGAACAAAUCAAGAGCGCGAUAUGCCAACUUUUCAUCACCACCGUGAUUUCGAUGGGCCUCGUGGGCGCUAAAGACAAGAAAAAAACGGACUAUGGCUCGAAAAUGAACUCAUUUCGCAAGAACUUGAACUCCCUCCAUCUCCUCGCCGACGGGUGGUUCAAACUGCCGAAAGUCAUUCACCGCAAGAAGCGCGGGCCGUACGAGAACAACAACGGUGAUGACACGUUCGUCCACGUCGAUGACAUCAGCCGUGCACUCGACGAUAACAACAAGGAGUGUCGUGACGAUGGGCCGAUUGUGGACAUGCUCGUGAACGCGGAGGUCCCAUCGGGAGAGUCAACCCCUAGGGACGGUGUUUUUGAAAAGGACAGCGGCGAAGAAGGGGAGAAGCGGCGGAUAAAAGGGAUAUUGAAGUGCCCGUCGACGAAUCUAAGGCGGAGCGAGUCGUUCCCCGUGGACCCGAAGACAAAGACGCCGCCGUCGCCAUCGACGCCGGUCGCGCAAGAAAAAUGUAUGCUGAGGCGGGCGAAUUCGAAAGGGUGCAAUGUUAGCUUUAAGUUCCAUUAG